GGGAAGAAACCUUGACAACCUGUCCUUAACAUUCACUAGAAAUACCAGUGACAAAAGUCUUAACCCUGCCUAUACGUUAGUGGAUAUUCUUCAAUCCUCAGCUCCUGGGAGAAUCACUCUCCUUGUAAAUGAAGUGAUAUUGGAACUUGCCAAAUCUCUGUGGAAUACUCUAGUGUCGAUAAGCAUACUGACAAGAGAUAUUAUGUCCUCAUACAAUGUUAGGCACCUUUUAAUUCCCUGGUUGUGACUGUGGCAAAUGAGUGUGUGGCAUGGGGAGGUAUAAGUCUACUCCUAAAGAAAAAGUCUAAAAGGUUAGAUUUGAUGGGAGUGAGGGUGGCAGUGUAUUCAACCGCCUCAUGGCAAGCGUGCAUUGCCAACCAGCAAACAUUAUUGUUUAAAUAGGACUUUGUAAAUUGGGACACAACAUUUUCAGCACUUCCAGGGAAGAGUUUCAGGCAUUUAUUGCAGAGGUCCAUUUGGUGGCCAAGACUUUUUUUUAAUAUAAACACAGUCAGCACUGGAUAUGGCAAAUGCUUUGUUCAGACUUACAGCUUCACCUGUGAGGAGGAGAAGGGCCUUAUGGCUACAGAACUCCAGCAUAGCUCCCGAAGUUCAGGCCCUAGAGUGCUUACCAUUUGAUGGUAGUUUCCCCCCCCCCCCCCGAGAAAACUGAUAUGACUUUUUUGACAAAGGGGGAUUUUUUCCUAAUAUUUUUGUAUGAAUACUGUGUGUACCUCAGUUUACCCUAUGCACUGCAUGGUUAACUAGGUGGUGGGAAAGAAUAGUUUAUUCUUUGUAGUGAUCCAGGUGUGAUUGACAUCUGGCUGUCUAGGGCCUCAUGCCCAUGAGAAACCCAAAAGACAAUGGCCCAGAUAUUUGGUGCCUAGCAACUAACUACCCAGACUGCCAACCCCUCUCCAGGAAACCAGCCAGUUUUGGCCAGCAGGAGGGUGGGGGAGGGGGAAAAAAAAAAGCUAAGGAGAAUGACCAGGUGACCUGUUUAUCCUGGGAAUCUGAACAAAGGAUGGAGGAGGGGCCGUUUGGAUGUGAUAUAGUAUGGGUUGCUGGAAGCAAGAUUCUCUUCUGGACUGGAGACAAAGAGGGGGCUCUGGGCUCAGGACUGACCCAGGUGAACUAUGCUAUAGCUUUCUAUUCUUGAUGCUGUGCUCCAGACAUCUAAUAAACCCUUCUGUUUUUACAACACUGUCUGAGAGUCACUCCAGUCUAAAGAGGUUGACUGUGCAUUGCUCCCUUUGGGCGUGCAAGUCUCCCUCAAGUGGCCAAUUUCAGUGUGAAAUGGGUGCUGAGUGCUCCAAAGUUUGUACCUAGGAGGCAGUGAAGCCAAGGGGCUUACUCCAGUGAAAGUGCAUGACCGUAAGGGGGUUAACACUCUAAAGGGGUCCUCCCAGAGACUGUUCCAGAGCCGUGCGAGAGCACUGGACCUGUGGAUAUGUGACAACGUUACAUUUUUAAGGACUCCUGAGAUACUUUGCCAUCUUUGUGGGUUUACACCCAGGCCACAAAGAUAUUAUUUUGUGGGUCAGCAACACCACCAGCAACAUUGCUCUCAGCAAUACUUUUGCCAGUCAUCCUGCCAUACUAGGGAGCAAUGCUUCUCCAGAAAAGGAGAAAUCACGGAGAAGAUCUUCUGGGUCUAGUUUUACCCAACCAGCCUAUAGUCCAUCUUUGGGGAGGCAGCAUAUUGGUCUUUCAUAUCAAGAGAAACACACCAAUAGUAAACAUUUCAACCAAGUCUCAAUUCAGGGACAGGCAGUCUUGCUUCUACAGUGCUUGGGAAAGAACUACAGACAGAUGGGUUCUAAGCACUGUGGAAUCAUGUUAUGCUAUACAGUUUCUUUCCAUCCUGCCCUCCCAUCCCACUACCCCAUCUCUUUUCAGGGAUGCUUCUCACAGAGCACUGCUUCUUCAGCAGGUCCAGACUUUGUGUGCUCUGGGAACUACAGAGGAGGUUUCUCCUUUUCAUUGGGGGAAAGGGAUUCUACUCUCGGUACCUCCUGAUCCCCAAGUCCAAGAGAGAGAAACAGAAAAAAGUUUUGAAAACCAUAAGAAAAAAAAUGUUUCAAAACAGGAAGCACUGAAUGAAAGUCAACUAUUAACAAUGCAAGAUACAUUUUCUUCACAAGCAGAAGAUCUGGCUAGGAGAAAGAAGAAUGAGGAACGAGGACAUCAGCUUUAUAAAAAGAGCAACAAAAUACUGAAACAUUCUAAAAGCAAGAAAGAGAAAGAGGAAGCUUACCAACUCCUUACCGAAGCAGCAGAUAUGGGACAUUUGAAAGCUAUGGAGAAAUUGGCUGCUGCUUUGCUGUUUGGUUAUCAUGGUCCUCAAAAUAUAACUGCAGCUGUGACAUUAUAUGAGACUUUGGCUGAAAAAGGAUCUCAUAAAGGCCAAACUGCUUUAGGAUUUAUGUUUUCAUAUGGCAUAGGAAUGGAGUAUAAUCAAGCCAAGGCACUUGUUUAUUACACAUUUGGAAGUCUUGGAGGAAAUUUGAUAUCCCAGAUGAUUUUGGGAUACCGUUACUGGGUCGGAAUCAAUGUUCCAAGAAAUUGUGAAGCAGCACUAACUAAUUACAGGAAAGUGGCAUAUUUCAUUGCUGAUAAAUUAGAAAAAAAUGAAGAAAUGCCAGUAGAAAAAGUGAGACUGAUGGAAAAAUCAGAAAAUCUGAGUUCUAACAAUGACUUCUUAGAUUGGGAUGUACACCAAUACUAUAAGUUUUUGGCUGAAAGAGGAGACACACAGAUACAGGUAUUUCUUGGACAAUUACAUCUUACAGGAAGGAAGGGACUAGAGAAAGAUCAUUCUAAAGCUUUCUACUAUUUCCUAAAGGCAGCAAAAGCAGGGAAUACACAUGGUAUGGCAUUCCUGGGAAAGAUGUUUUUAGAAGGAAGUGUUGCAGUGACACAGAGUAAUGCUUCUGCUUUUAAGUACUUCACAAUGGCAGCUGAAAAGGGUAAUGCAGUUGGACUAUGGGGACUAGGCCUUCUUUAUUUUCAAGGAAAAGGUGUUCCAGUGAACUAUACUGAAGCUUUUAAAUACUUUCAUGUAGCAGCUGAGAAAGGUUUGGCAGAUGCACAGUUCCAGCUAGGAGUCAUGUAUCACUCUGGCUCUGGAGUAAGGAAAGACUAUAAACUUGCCUUCAAAUAUUUUUACUUGGCGUCUCAAAAUGGACAACCCAUUGCUGUUUAUUAUUUGGCUCAGAUGUAUGCUGCAGGGACUGGAGUGUUUAGAUCAUGUCAAAAUGCAGUUGAGCUUUACCGAAGUGUUUGUGAGCUAGGAAGUUGGUCUGAGAAAUUCCUGACUGCAUACUUCGCUUACCAGGAUGGUAAUAUAGAUUCAUCUCUUAUUCAAUAUGCAUUAUUAGCAGAAAUGGGGUAUGAAGUAGCUCAAAGUAAUUCAGCCUACAUUUUGGAAUCUGAACAGGUUAAAAUUCUCAGUAAUGAUCAGAUGUAUCCAUUAGCACUUCUCCUGUGGAACAGAGCUGCAGCUCAAGGAUAUACAUUUGGCUAAAAGAUGGUAUGACCUUGCAGCACAAACAAGCCCAGAUGCUUCCAUUCCAGUGUUCUUGGCACGUAUGAAGCUAGAAGUUAAGCUUCUAUUCAGUGAGAUGCAACUUUUCAAGGUAAGUAUGAUUAGGACAUACUGACAUGCUUUUAUCAGGGCCAAUUCUGAUAUUUUUCUUGUGAAAUUGCUUUUUUACAUUCUAUUGUAUACUUUCAGAUUUGCUUAUUGCACCUCUUCCAGAUCCUGGGUAUAUUACAUAAUAAGUCCUGUUUCAGUAAAAAUAGGCCCACCAUAAGAUUUGUCAUACAAAUUGCACGAUCUAUUCUCUCCCCAUCCUCACACCGAAAUUUCCAUUUGUACAAAUGCAGAACACUCUAUAAAAGCAAAACCCAUAAUUUUAGUUGUAAAUUAAAGUGCAUGUGACUUGAAGCCCCUCAAAUCUUUAGUUUGAUUUCAAGUCUGCCAAGUUUAGUGGCAAUACGGUGCCCUUAUGGUGAAAGGCAUCAGCUCAUCAGGACCUGGGAGCACAUUACGCUCAUCUGAAGGGAGAGGAGUCCUUGCUUAUUCUUAAGCAAUCUCCUCCCAAAAACCCAGGAGUAGCAUAGCGCUGAUGAGAUCCAGGGGACUAGUCCAGUCAUCUUUUGCCAGGACACAGAUUUAAGCUGUAAUAAACCUUUCCACAAAGGAUUCCUUCACGUCCCUCCAUGCCUUGAUUAGCUAUUAACUAGAAAACCCAGCUGCUUGUCCCUCCACUUCACACAGUGAAAGGAAGUACUUCUCCUCAUCUGUUCUGAAACAACUCCACCAAACCCUAUCAGAAUCUGAGGUUUGGGCGUACAACCUAUAAUUCCAAUUUCCCUAGGAAUAGCAUUGAUUCUUUCAUGCAAUACUGGUAGUUUGAAGCUGAGCCUAUACUGCCUCCCAAUCUGUUGGGGAUUUCCACAUAGUAAGCAAACUGGAUGCUGCCUUGGAGACAUGCAGGACUUGUGCACCCCAAUACAUGUGCCCUAUAUAUAAAGCAAAAAAACAGGUAAACUCAGAAUGCCUGUUUUAUAGAAUUGUGGGUUCAAAAAAGAAUUAGAUAAGUUCAUGGAGGAUAGGUCCAUUAAUGGCUAUUAGCCAAGAUGAUCUGGGAUGCAGUCCCAUACUCUAGGUGUCCUAAGCCUCUAAGGGUAUGUGUACACUGCAAUUAGAUACCCCUAACUGGCCUGUGCCAGUCGACUCAGGCUCACAGGGCUUGGGCUAAGGGACUUUUUAACUGUGAUGUAGAUGUUCUGGCUCAGACUGCAGCCCGAGCUCUGGGAUCCUUCCACCUCACAGGGUUCUAGACCUUGAGCUCCAGCCCAAGCCUGGGCAUUUACACUGCAAUUAAACAGCCCUGCAGCCCAAGUCAGAUGGCACGGACCAGCUGCAGUUUUUUAAUUGCAGUGUAGAUAUACCCGAACUGCCAGAAGCUGGGAGCAGAUGACAGGGGAUGCAUCAUGCGUAAAUUGCCCUGUUCUGUUCAUUCUCUCUGAAGCACCUGGCAUUGGCCACUCUCAGAAGACAGGAUAGUGGGCUAGAUGGACCAUUGGUCUGACCCAGUAUGGCCGUUACGUUCUUAUUAUAGACUUUAUUCUUCUGUGCUUGCUAUUUUAUACAACUUGCCUUGAUUUAAGUUUACCAAUCCUAGCAUUGUCUAAAACCUCAUUAAAAGAGCAUAAUGCUUUCAUUUUACACUUUUUAAAAAUAGCUUCUAUUCUGCAUGUAAAAAAGUAUUCUCUGUAAUGCUGAGCUCUUCCUUUCUGUCCUAGCAGUUUACUUCAAGUUGGAAAAUGUCAAAACUGGACACCGUGCUGCGACCACAUUGGGAUCUGUUUGCACUGGUAGUCAUAGUUAUUUUGCUUGUACUAUUGAUAAGAAAUAGGUAGAACUGGGAAAAUGUUAACGUGAACAUCUUUUGGUAGUUUCCUUUAUAUUCUAAAUAAAAAUUCUAUUACUCAUUUUUCUAGCAUCUCUUUCUAAUACUUAUGUAACAAAGUGAAAAUACAUGUAGCCCUAGGGAAAGUUAGUAACAUUACAGAAAAUUAGGUUCUUAAUUUAACAUGGAUAAUUUGCUUACAGAAACUAAAACCUGUCAGUACAGCAAAAUCUUUCAUUUGUCUGCUGAUGGACACAUACACAGCAGAUAACCAGCUAUUCCAAUUCUCAGGAGUAUGCUGUGCAGAAAAAAUCCCUUAUUUCAUAAGUUACUUAAAUAUUGUUUACACUGCUUAUUUUAAAGAACUAUAGUAAAAGAUCUGCUCAGUGAGCCAACAUACAAAAGGAAAGCAGAAAGAAUUAACAAAAAGCUGCCAGUAGGAAGCUAGACAGCCAACAGGUUUUAAUUACUCUGAAUGGGUUCACAUGUUUCAUUUUGACAGACCAAAUAUGCCAUUAAUCCAUUGUUCAGUCACUGAAAUAGAUUCUCUGCAGUUUGUUACCAGAUUAUUGCUCUAAUUAAGUAGGCAUGACAUUCACUAGAAUUUCUACUAGCUAACAGAGAGCCUGGUCCUGCAUUCAUUGUUAGUGGCAACAUGUUCCUGGACACCAAUGGUGGAAGAUCAGACCUCUAGCAUGACGCUGAAGAAAAUCAUUUUUCUAGAGAAGACUUCUGUAUGUGUGAUCAUUUUGUAUCUGUGCUGCACAUACAUCACUUGUUUUGUCAAGCCACCAGUUCCUUUUCUCUUGAGGCCUCAACAAACAAGCAUAUAUAUUUCUCUCCUAUUUAAUGCUACUAGUAGCUCCUGAUUUGUGAUCUAACUUCUGUCAGUUCCUCUUUGUAACUUCCACUCCUCUUAGGAGUAGUAGUUAAUAUGUGCAGGAAAUAAUAAAAGGCCAGAUUUUUGAGCUCAUACUCAUCCAAUUAGUCACACUGAUUUCAACUAAACCAUGCCAGUGAUUAAGUGCCCCCCUCAGGGUGAAUAAAGGAUCCCCAAUCUGGCUCCAAAGGACUUGUAUCUUGGAAAAAUAGAAGAUAUAAUGUUUGUUAAAUGAGUGAGACCAAUUUUAAAACUUUUACAUUUUUUUAAAUAACUGUGCACGUAUACACAAACGUGACAAGAAGAUAUUCCCAGUAUUAGCAAACACUCUAAUAUAUUGGCAAGAACAGCAGCAUCAAAAAUGAACUAACAUAAAAGUGGAAGGUUUUUUUAAUUAGACAUGAACUUGCACUGAACCAAGCAGUACAGACAAUACAAUCAAUGGGAUUUUUGAUUGUGUGCACAAGUUUCACUUAUUUAACUGACCAGAGGAACAAGAAUCUCUUUACAAUAUAGUGGUGAGAGCACAUCUACAAAGAAAAACAAAUUGGAUGGCAUUCAGAGAAACAUCAAGUGAUUAAUGGCCUACAGACACUGAUCUACUGCAUGAGUUACAAUUAGAAAAAAAUGCUUAAACAUCAAUAACCCCCAGAAGUUCUAAAAUGACUAGUAAUUUUGCAUGCUGAGCUCAACAUGCCUUAAGGGGCCUGAUUUUAAGAAACUGAGCACCUGUCCCAUGGAAAAAAGCAGUUAUUUUUAAAGAUAUCAAAUUGGGCAGUCAAAUUGAGGCCUCCUAGCAGUACUAGUCACUUGUGGAAAGUUGUCCUAAAAAAGAUUUUCAAACACCUGAAAUUCUUAAGCACUAAGGAAAUUGUAAGGGUGUUAGAAUUUAGGGUAAUUGAACAAAGUUA